GGCCCGAUUAGAGUACCUACUUAGAUAAAUUUGGAAUUAUAUGGGCGAGGAUGUAGGUAUAUAAAGUUUCGUGUUAUUACCAUAGAGUCACUAUAGUUGUGAUUGCUCAGUCUGAGAAUAACAAAGAUGAACAUCUUAGCAUCCAUACUUUUUUCUAUUCUAAUUGCCAAUGCGCAAAGCGCCGAUGAUUCUAAAAUCAAUGUACUUAGAACAAAUCUUGGCUUGAAUGGUGCUAAAUACUGGGACAGCGAAUGGACCACCACGCCAGACUCUUCUGCAAUUCCAGACGUUGGGGACGCUACAUUCAUGUGUCGCACAACGGGAAUGUAUCCCGAUCCGUUCGAUUGCAACAGGUACCAUCAUUGCGCUCGCCAUGGGAAGGACGAGUGGAAUAAAAGCCCCAUAGAACUCUUCAGCGAUUCAUGUAACUGUGGCUACGCGUACAACCCGAGAACGACCUUCUGCGACAUAUCGCUCAGGAACGGCACGUGCAACAGGGAGCCGAUCAGCGCGUGUGAACAUGUGGGGCAAAACGGCGUGAUGGAUUACAACCCUUCGAUAUACUACAUUUGUCAAACGCACCCAAAAGGACCGCUGUAUCCCUUUAUGUAUGCCUGCGAAAAUGGUAAAAAGUAUAACACGUACUUGUACCUUUGCGAGUAGUGUGGAAUUCUUCCAUUAAUCGAAAAAUAAACAUACAUUGAGAAAA